GUGCUGGCAGUGAAGGCCGAUUUGGCGAAAGUACAGCUGUUUAUACCCGUGUGUGUGGAAAGCGGUGAGAAGAUUGCGUUGAGUCGACGAGUGGACCGGCACUGGCGUCUGAUAGGUUGGGGUCAAAUCAGAAGGGGUACGGCUAUCGAGCCCUCAUCUAAUCAGCCAAACAUUCUGCCCAAUCGAUUGGAGAACCAAAUCUAAGUGACGAU